UAGUUACAGUAUCUAACUCUCGAAAGUGAAUAGUCAUCACUUACUAAAAAAUCUCGGUCUGCGAAUUACAAAAUUGGUGACUAAAUUUAUAAUAUUAUCGAUACGCCAGGAAUUUUGAUACUGACGGCCUCACCGAAAAUACCUUAGAAGAAAUCGCUCAAACCAUCCAAAAAUGUACUCAUGGGAUUAAGGCCAUAUUAUUUGUGCUUGAAGCUAAACGGUUCACGAAUGAACAAAAGGAAACGAUAGACAAAAUAAAAUGUUUCUCGGGAAUGAGUCUCUUCAAUAUAUGAUUUCUAUCUUUUCGCAUUGUAACAAAAAGCAGACUGAAAAUCCAGACCAUCUUAAAAAUUCUUCUUGGAAUAAAACAAUUAAGGCUUUCGUCAAUUCUGUGGGUAGUCGGUGGGCUAUUUCUCCGAACCCUGAUAUGUUCCCGUCCGAUAGUCUUGUGCAUCAACAACGCCUCAAGGAAAUACAUGAACAUAUCAUUUCUAUGGAUGGAAUUUAUACAACAGCAAUUCUCGAGAAUGUCCGGAGAGAGCAAGAAAAAAAUGCAAGAAUUGCGAGAGAAGCAGAAGAGAACCUACGAAAAGAAUAUGAAGAACUUAAAAGGAGAGAAGGUGAAGCUAUUGCAAAAGCGAAAUUUGAAGAGCUGAAGGCCGAAGAUGAGAAAAAGGCAAAAGAAAAAUGUGAAGAGGAAAUAAAAAACCUAAAAAAGCAAGUAAAUGAACUUUCUAGUGGUGGUUGUUUCGGACUUGAAACACAAGUCAAGCUUGAAUCGGGAAGAAUUAUUCAAAUGUCAGAGCUUCAAACAGGGGAUCGAGUGUUAUCAAACAUAAGAAAUGGUAUUGCCGAAUACUCAGAUGUUUAUCUUAUUGCUCAUAUUGGUAAACUCGAACAUGAAGAGGAGUUUGCUAAAGUCAGCUUUACCAGACCGGAUGGAUCUAAAGGUCAAUUACGGCUUACAACUACUCACUAUGUCUUUGACGAACAUUUAUCAAUUAUGUUUGCCAAAGAUCUGCGUUCUGGGGAAACGAAGAUUUUGAUAUCAGAUGAUAACAAUAAGCUGGUUUCGAUCUUCGUGGAUGAUGUAACAAUCGAAUUACAUGAUAAAUACAUUAGUUUCUACACACGAGCCGGGUCAGUUAUCGCCAAUGGUGUACUUUGUUCCUGUUAUGACCAAUGCCCACCAUCUCAAAUGUUCAUGAAUCUGGUUUUUUUACCAGUUCGUUGGUGGACUUAUGUUAUACCAAGUACACAUCGUGAAGAACGACUUUAUCCAUAUGUUCAAUUCUUAGAGACGGUUUAUCUUUCGUUUAGAAAUGCUUUGAAAGAGGCAAACAAUUUAUUGAGAACUAGAUCAAGAUUGAGCAGGUCAGUAUUUUGCAAAUAAAUUUAGCACAUGAAGAUCUGAUGAUUAUUUAGCAUAUCAAAAUUGCUCAAUAAUGAUAUUUUGAUUAAAAGAAUAUAUCUAUUAAUAGUGAAAUAAAAGUCGUAUUGAUUUAGUUUAUUAUUAAUAAUAAGA